AUGGAAGACGACGCGUGUGUUUCAAGUGCUGAGUAUCGGUCGAAUGUCACAGGGAGUUCGAUAGCCAUCCUUCAGUAUGUGGUGCCCGUGGCAGUGAUGCUGUUUGCGUACAUUCGCAUCGGUGUAGAGCUCAAGCGAGGAGCUGCUCGGGUUGGACCUGCACCAGCGGCUGCCAGCGGUCCUGCUACCGGAGCAUCCGCAGCAGAUACCGCCCAACCGGCAGGCAUGGUGGAAUCCCUGCUCCGGGCCAGACGCAACACUUUCAAGAUGCUAUGGAUCGUGUUCGUCAUGUUCCUAGUGUGCUGGACUCCGAACCAGGUGAUCUUUCUCAUGUUCAACCUCGGCUGGACGCUGCAGUACGACGAGUGGUACUACCUGCUGUCUGUGGCGAUGGUAGCCGCAAACUGCUGCGUUAAUCCGGUCAUCUACGCCUUCAAAUAUCGCCAAUUCCGUAAGGGCUGCGGGAGGUGUUUUUCCGCGCACGUAUAA